UUGGAUGUUUGUGUUAUAUAUCCAUUACACCGAAAUCCUCUUGGUGAGCUUCAGAUCACUCGCUUUCUGUCUAUAUUUAUUUCUACUCCUUCGAACUGCACAGUUCAUAACUUCAGGCACACUGAAAACUUCCCUGCGAUCAAGGUUUGCUUGUAGCAGGGAAUAUUGCAAUGCUUAGAAUGGCACAACUUCGACAGGAGCGUGAGUAUAUGGGGGAUGAUGAUGAUAUGAGUGACUUUGAUGACGAUGAACUCUUUGAUGGGCGUGGGAGGGGUGAUUUUAUUGAGAGUGAAUCAGAGGAUGACAUUGAAGCAAGCUCUGGUCAAUCUGAUGAUACUACAGCAAUGCAGGCUCGAAAUGGAAGAGACAUUCAAGGAAUUCCUUGGGAAAGGUUGCAAUUUACAAGAGAAAAGUAUCGUGAGACAAGACUGAAGCAGUACAAAAAUUAUGAAAAUCUGCAUUUGCCACAUGAUGAAUUAGAUAAGGAGUGCCAAUCCGUGAGAAAGGAUGGGAAAUUUUUUGAGUUUCACUAUAAUGCAAGAUCAGUGAAAUCUACAUUCGUCCAUUUUCAGUUGAGAAAUCUCAUUUGGUCCACAUCAAAGCAUGAUGUGUAUGUAAUAUGUGGUUACUUUGUUACACAUAGAUGCUCAUUGAGCCGAAGAAGCACAAGAGUUCUCAAUGUUGCUGAACCAUUGAAAGAAGAUGAGGAUCAAAAAAAUCCUCGUGCUAUACAGCAAGGUCUAGGAAGGAUUCAGAUUAGUACAAUGUGUGUCAAGAAAAAUCUUCUGGUCGCUGGUGGUUUUCAGGGAGAACUGGUUGCAAAGAAUUUGGAUCGCCACGGUGUUUCAUACUGUGCAAAGAUUACUUAUGAUGAGAAUGCUAUCACUAAUGCCAUUGAGAUCUAUGACAGUCCAAGUGGUGCAACACAAUUAAUGACCUCAAAUAAUGAUUCUGUCGUCCGUGUGUUUGAUGUGGAGACCUUUUCUAUGCUGCGGCAUAAUUGCUUUCCAUGGGCUGUAAAUCAUACUUCUAUCAGUCCAGAUAAAACGCUCGUGGUGGUGGUUGGAGAUCAUACCGAUGGAUUACUUGUAAAUCGCCAGACAGGGAAGGUUGUUGCUAAUCUUAGAGGCCAUUUAGACUAUUCCUUUGCAUCUGCAUGGCAUCCGGAAGGCAGAUAUUUUGCCACAGGAAAUCAGGAUAUGACUUGCAGAAUCUGGGAUGUUAGAAACCUAAGCACGUCUUUGACAGUAUUAAAAGGAAAUAUUGGUGCUGUGCGAUCAUUGAGGUUCACAUCAGAUGGCAGUUUUCUGGCAAUGGCUGAGCCUGCAGAUUUUGUACAUGUCUUUGAUGUAAAACACAACUAUGAUCGGUGUCAAGAGAUUGACCUCUUUGGUGAGAUCUCUGGCAUAUCAUUUAGUCCAGACACAGAGUCACUUUUUAUUGGAGUAGCAGAUCGAACAUAUGGAAGCCUGCUAGAAUACAAUCGUUGCCAUUCUAAUAUGUAUCUAGAUUCCUUUAUCUAGGGAUCCCAAAUUGUCACUAUUACAUAUUACAAGUGGAUGGGGUGAAUAAAUUAAAAGUUUCAGGGAAUCCAUCAGCACUUUUGCAGAAUGAUGUCACUCCCACUGUCUAGGGGAUAAUUCAAAAUGUGGGCUGAUUUGGAUUAUGCUGAGGCCUACCAAUCGAUCAAUUUGUUGCCAUCAAGCAUGCAAAUGGAUUCUAUGCUUCAUAAUUUUUAAUAUGUUGCAGGACCAUUAAAACCAUGUAAAUAAGGUGUAAGCAAGCAGUUUUUGUAUGUUAUAAUGUUAUUAAUGGAUGUAGUGUCUAUUUUCUGUGGUCAUUGUGGAUGGAUGGGUUGUAUACAUCCAUGGGUUUGCCAGGGGAUGUCACUCUUGCUAAUUGUGAUCUUAAAUAAAUACUGAAAAGUGAUGAAAUGAUAUGCCUUUAUUUUCUUUGGACCA